AGCCGGCCGGUCUUUACAAGAUUUUCUCCCGGCGCCGAUUACUUUCCCGUCGUCGUCUCCUGCGAUGCGAUUACGAUGAGGAUUAAAAUGCUUUCUUCCAUUACUUCUCGUAUUCCGAUCUCAUCAUCGCAUCUUCUCAUAUCUCACCUUCAAUCGUUAAAUCUAUAUCACACUUCGCUGACGAGAAACCAAUAUCUUCACCGGAAAUCCACUAAUCACUCUGGAAUCCGGAAUUCAAAUCAUAAACCUCCUUUCAAGGCGGAAUCCAACCGGGAUCCCGAGGAGUUUGACCCGAUCCUAGUCGCGGAAACUCUGUCCUGCUACAGCAAUGACUGGAAAUCAGCUUUGGAGUUCUUCAUCUGGGUCGAAUCUCAACGGGGGUUCCAACACACCACGGCGACGUACAAUCAGAUCAUCGGCGUUCUGGGUAAGUAUUUCGAGUUCGAAACGGCUUGGAGUUUUAUAUAUAAAAUGAGAAAUUCGUUAGAUUCCAAGCCAGAUCACACUACUUUUCGAGUCAUGUUCAAUCGGUAUGUUCGAGCUCACCUUAUCAAUGAAGCCAUUGAUACGUUUGAUAAGUUGGACGAUUUCAACUUGAAAGACAGUGUUUCCUUCUCCAAUUUGGUUGAUGCUUUGUGUGAGUAUAAACAUGUGAUUGAAGCUCAAGAGUUGUGCUUUGGGAACGGGAAAGACAAUCAGAGAUUCUUGAGUCUUGACACCAAAAUCCAUAACAUGAUCCUUCGCGGGUUCUUUAAAAUGAACUGGUGGGGGAAAUGUAAGGAGUUUUGGGAAGAAAUGGAUAAAAGGGGAGCGGAAAAGGAUCUUUUUUCCUAUUCCAUUUACAUGGAUGUGCAGUGCAAGAGAGGGAAGCCUUGGAAAGCUGUGAAGCUCUUCAAGGAGAUGAAGAAGAAAGGGAUUGAAGUGGAUGUUGUGGCCUAUAACACUGCCAUUCAAGCCGUUGGGAUCUCAGACGGAGUUGAUGUGGGAGUAAAGCUUUUCAAAGAGAUGAUUGAACUGGGUUGUGAACCAAACGUGACAACAUUCAACAUAAUUUUAAAGCUUUUGUGUGAAAAUAUGAGGUUUGAUGAUGCACACAAGGUGUUCGGUCUAAUGUCUAAGAAGGGUUGUGAACCAAACGUGACUACUUACCACUGUUUCUUCAGAUGUUUUGAAAAGCCAAGAGAGAUACUGAAGAUGUUUGAUAGGAUGGUUGAAAGAGGAGUUAAACCAAGGAUGGAUACAUAUGUGAUGCUAAUGAGUAAGUUUGGGAGAUGGGGGUUUCUUAGACCAGUUCUUGAUCUAUGGGAGAAGAUGAAACAGCAUGGUUUAAGUCCAGAUGAAUCUGCUUAUCAUGUCUUGAUUGAUGCUCUUGUACAGAAGGGUAUGAUUGAUAGGGCUCGCAAGUUUGAUGAGGAGAUGUUGGCUAAAGGGCUUUCACCCAAGCCACGUGUACUUCCGAGGGACACUGAUGAUGACAGCAAAACUAGAUGUGGUUGAUAUCUCCUAUUCUCUUACUCUGGAGUGUGCAUUGUAAACAAAUGGGAGGGUCCAAUGGGGAGUGUCCAGCAAUUAGAGGGUUGAUUCAUGGCAAACCAACUGGAAACGGAACCUUCCGAAACCCAAAUUGUCACAAAUGCUUUCCUUUUUUCGUUUUCAGUUUAGCAUUUUCCAAAACAAACUGAAGCUUAUCGAAGAACACGCGUACUGAAACUGAUCCAUGAACACACAUACUCAAAUCUUGGCCAUUUGGAUAGGAUUGGAAAGAUCUAGAAUAUCAUUGUUGAAACAGACUCAGUGAAUGCUUAAAAACCGAUGACAGAUAUAAAGUCUGGCACUUCAAGCAACCUGCAACGUUUCCUGACUCGAAUAGUCGAAUGCAACAUACCCACUACAAAGCCAAUGUCACUUUCAGCGAGGGCAAUCCAGGUGAUAAACAAUGCAGUUGCAGAAGAUACAAUAUUUUGUUUGCGCUAGAUUGAAACUGAAAGCACGAAUAUCCCCUCAUAUUUUCCUCUAAGAGUUUUAGCCGAUCCUUUUGUUGUUUUCUCCUUUUCUGUAUCUUGUUUAUCUGAUAUUCUGAAGGCUUAGAGCUGUUGGCUGGGUCCACAUUAUACCCUCUUCAUGUGUUGAAUAGUAUUGAAUAGUAUAUAUUCCCUAAUUGUACUUAUUGUAAUGCUGAUUUUGAUAAGUAUUUAAGAUUUUAUACUUAGAGCUAUUAACACAUAAAAAAGUGUCAAAUGCCCGUUAAGAGUUAGGUUA